UCAACCACGCACGCGUAGGUUCUAUCUAAGGGUUGAACCGCUCAGAUAUCUGUGUCGCGGGAUACAGCAGGCAAGGGUUAAAAUUCAAAGGGAGGGGCUGCCCAAAAAUGGCUGACACGCACGACACAGAGGGUCCGAAGGAGGACGAGUAACACUUAGAAUCUUUUUACCUUCCAUCGUACUGACCAAUUGACAUUGUUUAACUUUAAUUGAACGAUGUUUAGCUAAUCGAUAGUUAUUAUGUUUAAAUUAAAGAGUUAUCUGCAUGGAAUUCUUAGACCACCUUCGGUCACUGUAGUUUUAAUCACCUGUGUUAAAAGAUUAAAAGUCAAUCAAGAUAAUGUAGCACCAAAAAAGUAAAUCAAUUGACAAGUUAAGGAGACUGAGAAAAUGCGUGGUGUCUCAUUGAGGCUGCUAUUACUUUUAUUAUGGUUAAUAAGUCUCCGUUUACCAAAUUGUUUAGGAAAUACUAACAAAACAGAAAGAGCUACUAAAAGUCGACUAAGAUCAUCGCAGCCUCCUUGGCGCUUAGUGACAUGUCUAUCCCAUUCUCAGCCUCCAACGAGAACGGAUGUCCAACAAGCAUGGGAACAAGCAAGACUAGAGUCUAUUUACAGCGAGUUGGAGAUGUCUUAUAUAGAAGGACGUAUGACAUCAAUAACAGACCCACAGUCAUAUCCGUUAGCUCUUAUUAAUAAAUUUUGUACAGUUAUUGAAAAUAGUAAAGUGAUAUUAAGUUUUGUGAUUGGUGGUGGUUCAGCAGCAAGAUUUUUGAUAACAGCUGCUGCUUCACUUAAUAUUCCAUCACUCUGGUUACCAAUGACGCACCGAGAUUUUCUAAGACAAGGUAAACGUGGACGUUUUGAAACGCGUCUUGGUUCUGGUUCUGAACAAAUAGGUGCAGCAGCUAUUGCUUUAAUGGAUAAAGCACACUGGCAUGCAUUUACACUUUUUAUUGAUACAUCAUUACUACCAAUUCAUCACUUUGUACCUAAAAAUCAUGACAAAUUACUGCCACGAAAAAUAAUUUAUCUGCCGACUAGUGAAAAGAGUCUUAAAUUAAGACUGAGAAAAGUAUCUGAUGAAGGUGGAAGUGGUAGUGUUAUUGUCUUGGCUUGUGAUUUAAAUGGAGCUAAAAAAAUUCUUAUUAUUGCAAAUAAAUAUCAAAUGCUCAAUGGUAGAUUUUUAUGGUUGUGGCUAGAUCUAAAAGCAGAAUUACGACCAAAUGAACCAAGUUUAAUUAGUUCUCAUAUUAUGUACAGUUCUGCUUUAACAUCAGUAAAAAUAGAAAAUAAUAAUCCAUCAAUUACUACAAGAAUGACAAGACACACUGGUGGUUUUUUUUUUAAUGAUAAAACUCAUUUACCUUCACUGUCUAAUUUAGCAAAUGACAUUCAUAAUCUUCAAGAAUACCGAUGGCAGCAUGAAAAGCCAAUAAAAAAACGUGAAGAUAAAACAUUUGUCUUUGAUGAUGAUGAAGAGGCGCGUAUAAGUGAUAAAAAUCUUAAUUCAAAGACUUUUAUGCCCGUCGGUAUGCUUGCUCUUAGGCCAUCGAGUAUGAGAAUAGCCGGUGGUGAUGCUAUACUAUCACGAAUGUUAAGAGAAACAUCUCAAGCACUAGAUAAUACUUUUUUGGAACAUAAAUCGUCGUUAAAUCGCUUGAGGGAUACACAGAUAAAAGAUUACUUUUUUCCCACAUGUUUUUUUACAACUGAUAAUUCAUCAAUUCCAGAAAUAAAAGAAAAUGUUUUUAAAAGCUUGACGAAGAAAUUGAGAGAAUCAAUGCGUCAGAUAUCUCACGAUAAAGCUGAAUUUCAAUUAUUAAAUUUACAGGCCGUGCAAUUUCCGGGUAAUAAAACUCAAUUGAGGUGGACUAAAGUUGGUUCCGUGAGAGGUGGUAAAGACGUUAGACUAGAUACAAUAACUUGGCCAGGUGGUGGAAUAGUACCAGCUUACAUGGAACAAAGUGGUGAAAAAAUAGGAAUGCCAUGGUAUCAAAUUGUAACUGCAGUAGCACCACCAUUUAUUAUGGUUACAAAUCUGCAACAACAAUUAUGUUUGAGAGGGCUACCAUGUCGAAAAGGAGAGACAAUAAAAUGUUGUUAUGGUUUUACAAUAGACUUAUUGUCAUUGAUUGCCAGAGAACUGAAUUUUCGUUUUGAUUUGUAUGUUGCACCUGAUGGUCUGUUUGGAAGAAAAAAUGGUCUUAAUGGAACUUGGAAUGGUGUGAUUGGAGAAUUAUUACAUGGUCGAGCUCAACUAGCUUUUGCACCAAUAAGUGUGUCAGCAAGACGAGCAGAAGUUAUUGACUUUACUAUACCUUAUUAUUUCAGUGGCGUUAGCUUUUUGGCUGCUCCAAAAACAAAUUCCCAUAUUUCACUAUUGGCAUUUCUUUUGCCUUUCAGUACUAAUCUAUGGAUUGCAAUAUUUACGUCACUCAAUAUAACUGCAGUUGUAGUAGCACUUUUUGAAUGGCAUAGUCCAUUUGGAUUGAAUCCUUGGGGCCGACAGCGUAAUAAAAAUUUUUCAAUGGCCUCAGCACUUUGGGUAAUGUGGGGAUUACUUUGUGGACAUCUUGUAGCUUUUAAAGCACCCAAGUCAUGGCCUAAUAAAGUUCUUAUAAAUGUAUGGGGUGGAUUUUCUGUAAUAUUCGUAGCCUCUUAUACUGCUAACAUUGCUGCUCUUAUCGCCGGCCUUUUUUUCCAUUCAUCAGUCAGUAACUAUCAUGAUCGUAGUUUACUAUUACAAAAAGUCGGUGCACCACGAGCGUCCGUUGCAGAAUAUUAUGUUCAAAAAGCUAGCCCAGGAUUAUGGACACAUAUGGCACGGUUCUCGCUCUCUGAUGUUGCUGAAGGUGUUGAGAGAUUACUUAAUGGCAGCCUCGAUAUAUUAAUAGCGGAUACUCCAAUAUUGGAUUAUUAUCGUGCAACCGAUGAUGGCUGUAGACUGAGUAAGAUUGGUGAAACAAUUAAUGAGGAUACUUAUGCAGUGGCUUUGACUAAAGGUCACCCUCUUCAAGAAAGUAUUUCAAAGGUCAUUGCAAACUAUACAGCUAACGGUAUGCUAGAUAUUUUACAAGAAAAAUGGUAUGGAGGCCUACCAUGUAUAGCUGGACAAGAAGGAAGAGAUGCAGUUUUUGGUUCAGGUUCGGGAGGCCACCCUCGACCUCUUGGUGUUAGAUCUGUGGCUGGAGUUUUUUGUUUAUUAGGUUUGGGUAUUGCUGUGGGUGGAAUUAUACUUGUAGGAGAAUAUUUAUUUUUUAAAUACACUCUACCAAGUUUACGGCACAGACCUAAAACUUCUAUUUGGCGAAAUCGAAACGUUAUGUUUUUCUCACAGAAACUUUAUAGGUUUAUAAAUUGCGUUGAACUUGUAUCACCUCGCCACGCUGCAAGAGAAUUGGUCCACACAGUAAAGCAAGGCCAUAUUACAUCGUUAUUUCAAAAAAGUGUUAAGAGGAAAGAACACGAGCGUCGCCGACGUAAGAGCCGAGGACAAUUUUUUGAGAUGAUACAGGAAAUUCGUCGAGUACAACAAGAGGUAAAAGAAGACGCUAAUACAAAAGAAGUGGAAGCUAAUCGAAUUUCCAAAAAGGAUGAAAAAUAUCCUAAAGAAAAAGAACGCAAUCGGAGUAAAAGCCCAUUAAUGUCUUUGAGUCCAAAGAGGCCAGAGAAAAGUAGAAGCUCAAUUAAUUUAUCUAGUUCCCGACUUGGUUUGUCGCCAAUCAAUUUAGAAACGUCAAUGAAACCCCGUGAAUUUACAUUGAGCAGCACAAAUCUCAGAGCUCGAAGUCCACUGGAAACGGUUGGACGAAGACUGAGCCACGGUGAUGAUGGUUCUCCUCCACCUCGUCUUAGUACAGCUAAUUUUGGUGGAAGCGUAACUCUCAGGCCAUCACCACCCGUUAAGUCUGAUUCAAUUAGUGGGGGAGUACCUACUCCAAAGUAUUCACACAGUCCCGCUAAACGAGGUCAGUCUUUUCCAGUUUUUGCAACUCUAAAACGACCCCCUCCACCACCAACAACAGCACAUCCAUCAAGUUAUCACGCACUGUCAAAGAGUCCUCUUUUGUCACCUAACAACGAGCUUACUGCUGCAAUUGGGCGUAAGCUAUCAAGAGAAUGGGGAUCAGGAUCAAUUGAUCUAAGCUGGUCCUCAGAAGCAAUCGGGUCGUUUUCUACAUAUAACCCUAGUAAAGAGAGUACAUUUAGUGUUGAAAGGCCAGCACGUAAGAAAAAUCAAGAAGAUCUUUUAACAUUGAAUAAAAAGCCUAUGAGACGUGCGCGUAGUCAUGAAAAUCGCGAUUCAAGUGGCAAAUCAAUAAAUGAUUCACCAUCACCAAGAUUGAUGGCACAACCCUCAGUAGGGGGUAAGUCAGUAAGUGAACGUACAAAAAAACAACUUGAGUCAGAGCUCAAAGCUAUUUUGACCGCUAGAGCACAUCACCGGGAUUUACAUCCUCCUUGAUAGGUCAACAAUAUUUAGGAGUGGCUUCACUCAAAAGCGACAAGUUCUUUAUAUCGCUGCCUCUGAGGGGCUUUCAUUGAUUUAAGCAAUAUGAGAUUUUUAGGUCAA